GGUCUCGAACGUCAUACACGACCGGUGCGACAUAACGGUACAUGGACCUUGUACAGACCAACAACAGCAUCGAUUGGAGAUUUUUUUCACGCUCGGAAUAACGAAGGACGGACGGUAUAGUGGUCAAUAUGUUCGCUGGGAAGCGUUUGAGCAAGGAGCUUGCUAAGGUAUUUCUCCCUCCUUCCUGACCCUGAUCCCUGAUCCUUCGAUAUACCCAUCCCAUUCAUUCGUCCAUCAGCCCCCAAUUUACACGACUUACGACAGCACAACCCCCGCAAUCCCAUACAUACCACCAUCGUCCAGACCAGAACUCCAGCUAACACCAGAAACAGAUGCAAGGCCACCUCCCCCCUGGAAUCUCCUUUGCCAAAUCCGACAACCUAGAAGAAUGGCAAAUGGACAUCCGCGUCCUCGACGACAACCCGCUAUACCAGAACCAGAUCUACCGUCUUAAAUUUACCUUUAGCCAGAAAUAUCCCAUCGAACCCCCCGAAGUCCAAUUCAUCCUCCUCCCCCCAACCUCCGAAACCCCCCGCCCAAUCCCCAUCCACCCACACAUCUACAGCAACGGGAUAAUCUGCCUGGACCUGCUGAGCACGGCGGGGUGGUCGCCCGUGCAGACGGUGGAGAGCGUGUGCAUGAGUAUCCAGAGCAUGUUGACGGCGAAUACGCGGGAUGAGCGGCCGCCGGGGGAUAGUGAUUUUGUGUCGUAUAAUAAGCGCCGGCCGAGGGAUAUUAAUUUUCAGUAUGAUGAUGAUAAUGUUUGAUCGUGGUAUAUAUUUAUAGGGAUUGGGGGAAGAGGAGGUUGAUUUGCAUGCGCUG